AUGUCCGCCCAAAGCUCCCCCAAGCCUUCCUUCGAGUCCGAUGAGAGACCAGAGUCGAGCCAAAGCUUGACUCCACCCGCGGUCUCCGGCCAUCGACCAAGCAUCUCCUUCGAAGCCAACCCGCGCAGCCAAAGUCCGCGCCGCCGAUCCAUCCAAUUCAACGUCGGCAACGCGGGAAUGCAGCUUCCGAGUCGCACCCACAACGUCAAAGAAAAGCGCCUGUCAUAUGCAGAUGCGCCGGUCAGAGAUCUAGAUGUAGAGAGAGAGCCGCGGGCUCUAUCUACAAGUCGCGGGCCGUCUCCGCCGCCACCAAAAACUUAUGAGCGCGGUGUUUCAUUCAAUACCUUUGACAACCGCGACGCUGCAGAUUUCUCGUUGACUCUCAAUUACAAGCACAAGGGGUACCAGAGUACCCGCCGGAGUCGGACGUUUCUGUGUGGCACGGACCAGAAUGAUUACUCCGACUUUGCGCUUAAUUGGCUGAUUGAUGAGUUGGUUGUUGAUGGGGAUGAGAUUGUUUGCCUUCGUGCGGUGGAGAAGGACUCGCGCAUGGCCAGCGAUGCUGGAAUCGAAGAGGGCAAGUAUCGCCAGGAAGCCAAGCGGCUGUUUGAGCAGGUUAUUCAGAAGAAUAGCCAAGAUGAAAAGGCUAUCAGCUUAGUCUUGGAAGUGGUGGUAGGCAAAGUGGAGGAGAUCAUUCAACGAAUGAUUCGUAUCCAUGAGCCCGUCAUGCUCAUCGUCGGAACCCGAGGUCGAAACCUAAAGGGUGUUCACAGUCUCCUACCGGGAUCCGUCUCCAAAUACUGCGUCCAGCACUCACCAAUCCCCGUCAUCGUCGUCCGCCCCUCGCCCAAGCGCGAAAAGAAAAAGAAGAAGCGCCGUGCAGACCCGGGCCGACGCAGCUACAACCAACUCCUGGAAUUGAGUGAGAAACGCGGCAGUCGUGUCUUCGACGGUAGCUCUAGCACCGAAGGCAGCGCCCUCAAACUGCCAGGUGAAGAAGCCGCCGUCGCCGAGGCGCUGGGUCUUCCUGCGACCUACUCUCGCAAUCACUCGCGCAGCUCGCUAUCCGUGUCAGAUCGCAGCAGUCUCAGCAUCGACGAGUCGGACCCCGCCUAUCCCGUCCCAUACUCUCUAGACUCGGUUCUCAUGAGAAGCCCGUUGAGUGGUAGCUCGGCUAGCUCGGAGGAGAGUGUUGUCGUUAGCGAGCCACGGCGCUCUACAUCGCCAGAGGCACCGCUCCGAUCACACUCACCCUCCCUCGAGCAAGACUCAUCGGACGAGUCGGAGAAUCAGGGCAAAGAAGAGGACGCAACUGACUCGAUCUCCGAAGCGUCCGAUGCUACUGCGAAGCGGAUGUCGAUCCCUGUGAUCGAGGUUUCAAAUGAAAGUGAAGAGAAAGGGACAGCUACGACUGACUGA